AUGGAAAAAGAAAAACCGUUUAAAUUGUUCGUGCCGCCGCGCCUGAGCGGUGGUCAGGUGUCUGCAGUCAAACCCCAGACGAGCGCUCCGGCAACGGGGCUGUGUCAGGGUUUUAACAAAUGCCCAGAUGAUGAUUUUAAUUUGCCACUUGUAAUGAUGAGUACACCAAACCGUGGUGAAACCACUGAUUCAGAUGCGAUUUCACAGCAAGUAAAACUUUGCUCUGAUGUAGAUGAAGAGAAUAUAGAAACAAUGAAUGAAUUGUAUUCAAAACUCUACAAAGAGGCUGAGAAGAUCAAGCGUUGGAAACUAACUGUGGAAUCAGAACUAAAGCAGAAAGAAAGAAAACUGCAAGAAAAUAGAAAGAUUAUUGAAGCACAGCGUAAAGCCAUUCAAGAAUUGCAGUUUGAAAAUGAAAAACUAAGUUUAAAACUGGAAGAUGAGAUAUGUGAAAAUAAGGAUCUCCUAAAAGAAAACAGCGCUUCAAGGCAUCUGUGUAAUCUGCUCAAGGAAACCUGUACUCACUUCACAGAGAAGUCCACCAAAUAUGAACAUGAAAGAGAAGAAACAAGACAGCUAUACGUGGAACUUAAUAACAAUGUUGAAAGAAUGAUACUGGCCUUUGAAGAGCUUCGUGUGCAAGCAGAGAACACCAAAUUGGAAAUGUGUUUCAAAUUAAAAGAAGAAGCAGAAAAAGUGGACAAGUUUGAAAAAGAAUGCAAACUGGAAGUCAGUAUGAAGGAAAAGCAGAUUUCAGUUCUUACCAUACAGAGUGAUGAAAAAGAUGAUAUGAUAAGAGACAUCAAGACUCAACUGCAGGAAUCCAAAAAUAAGAUUGCUGACUUAGUAGAAGCAAAAAGACAUGAAGGAGAAAUGUUAAAGGAAUCCCAGAUCAGUCAAGAACAUUUGAGGGCGGAACUGGAAGAGGUCAAGGUUUCAUUGCAAAACACAGAGGUUACUCAAAAGAACUUAGAAACUGAAUUGCAGACUGCAAUGAAAGCAUUAAUUCAGGCCACUGGAGAAAAAGAAGCACAGGUGGAAGAAUGUAAAAAAACGAAGGCUUUGCAUGCAUCCCUGAGAGAGGAGUUUGAGACUUCUAUUUCUAAUUUGAAAAGCUUGCUGCAAAAAGAGAAAAAUAGAUUGGAGAAAUAUGAAGAUGAGUCAAAACUACUUACCUUGGAGCUCAGAAAUAAGUCUGCUGAACUGGAAGAGAUGACUAAGCUAAAAUGUGACAAAGAAAUGCAACUUGAAGAGCUGUCAAAAACACUGGGAAAAGUUGAAGGACUUCUAGUGAAGAAGAAAGAUCUUGAGGCUACUCUAGAAAAAUUGCAGGAGAGAGAAAAAGAAACGAAAAAUGUUCUCCAAAUCAGAGAGAAAGAAAUCCAUGAUUUGAAAGUACAGCUGACUAGUACAGCUGAAAAGGAACAAAAUUAUUUAAAACAGCUUAUGACACUGAAUACAGAUCUUGAACGAGAGGCGCUAAAGAAUGAACAACUAACAGUGUAUAUCAAUAAGCUUUUAUUAGAAAAAGAACAAAUAGCACAAGAGAAAAGUGAUAUGGCUACAGAACUCAAGAAACUGCAAGAAAGUCAUGAGGAUAUUAGAAAAAAAGAAGAAAAUACAAAGCAGUUACUUGAAAACCUGGAAGAAGCAAAUGGCCAGCUAAGAAGUGAACUGGAGUCUUUGAAGGAGAAGAUAGCAAAGAAAGGUGAAGAGAUUAAAAGUAAACUGGAUGAAAGAGAAGAAAAUGCUAAGAGUAUUGAAAAUGAAAUUUCAAGAAAGGAAAAGCAGUUGAAGAUUCUAGAAAAUAAGUUGAAUAAUUUAAAGAAACAGGUGGAAAAUAAAACCAAAUGCAUUGAAGAGUUGCAACAAGAGAAUAAGGUACUGAAAAAGAAAAUUACUGCAGAAAGCAAGAAAACAAGUAUUUAUGAAGGGAAGGUGAAUAAAUUACAGUUAGAGGUGGAAAAUAUGAACAAGCAAUAUAAGGAGACAGUUGACAUCUAUCAAAAAGACAUUGAAACAAAAAAAGUAAAUGAAAAUAAACUUCUUGAAGAGGUAGAAAAGAUGAGGUUGCUUGCUGAUGAAGCAACAAUAACACAAAGAGAGACUGAUAUCCGAUGUCAACACAAGAUAACUGAAAUGGUGGCACUUAUGGAAAAACACAAGCAUGAAUAUGAUAAAAUGGUUGAAGAAAAAGAUACAGAGUUAAAACUUUAUAAAAUAAAAGAGCAAGAGCAGUUAUCAUCAAAAAGAUCAUUGGAAAGUGAGCUGUCAUGUUUGAAAAGCGAACUGUCAUCCCUUAAGGAACAACUUAAAGCAGAAAUUGAAGAGAAGGAGAAUCUUGCAAAAGGACCCCCCGCAAAUAUGGUUCCUGAAAAUGAAAAGAAGCACAAGAAAAUACAAACUCAUUUUUCUGAGACUCCUGAACCUCAUUUAGAUCUGGACUGUGCAUCUACUAAUGUAAAAAAUAAAAAGUCUCCAAAUGAUAUUCCUAUAAAAGUCAACAUGAUGGAAAAGAAACAAAUGCCUCCUUCAGUAUCUGCAAAAAGUCCCUUGGGUAGUCCAUCAUUAAAGACAUAUAUUAUAAAGACUCCUCCAAUACAUAAACUGCAAAGUGAAAGCACAAAUCUGUGCUCAGAACAGUGCAUGAGGAAAAAGCAAAAAGUGAUUCUACAGCUGGAUGCUCAGUCAGAUAGCUCUGAACACAGUGACCUCCUGAGCAUAGUCUCGGAGGAAGAAAUGUUUAAAAAAUUGUACAAAGAUUAUCCUCAAGCUUCACAAUUAUAUGCCAUGAUACCAAAAAAGAAACCAACUACAUCAAACGUGAAAACUCCAGGCUCUGCACUUAAACUGACAACCAUGAGAAAAAUGCGAGAGGCUGGAUGGACUGCAGUUUCUAAAAUGGACAGGAAAAGAAAAAUUAAAGAAGCUGAAAAGCUCUUUACUUAA